GUCUGACUCUCACAGUCUCGAUCUACUGUUCCACUCUCGCUGUUCGAUCAUCUUUUUUUAUUGUGAUAAAUUUCGAGUGCGCGUCGGGUUUUCGCAACGAUCGGAGAAACGCUUCUUUUCUGACAAUCUCCGGCGGUCCAUUCCCAGCUGAGCGUGAUGGAGUGGCUUCUACGUACGUUGUCAUUCUUGCAACUCGUACUGUUGAAUAUCCUUCGACCGUACUUCUGGUAUCGUGAUCGUGCACCGCCAAAAGUUAUACCGAUCAAUAAAAACACUUUGCUACGAUUAAGCGCCUGUGAGAUCGCGAGGAGGAUAAGAAACGGCGACAUCACGAGCGAGACGGUCGUGAGCGCGUACAUAGAGAGGAUUAAGGGAGUUAAUCCCGUUCUCCACGCAGUCAUCGAGGACCGUUUCGAGGCGGCGUUGAAGGAUGCCAAGGAGUGUGACAAGAAGCUCGCCUCGGGCGAGCUUUCGCAGGCACAGCUCGAGAUCAAAAUGCCUUUCUUCGGGGUACCGUUCACUGUCAAAGAAAGCUGCUCCCUCAAAGGUCUCAGUCAGACAGGAUGCUUGCCGUCGAGGCAAGGGAUCAAGGCCGCAGCGGACAGUCCAAUAGUCGAGUCGAUGAAAAAAGCUGGAGCCAUUCCGCUCUGCGUCACCAACACCCCGGAACAAUGCGCCGGUUUCGACGCCGCUAAUCUGCUGUUCGGAAGGACUUUGAAUCCCUACGAUACCCGGAGGAUCGCUGGCGGCUCUUCCGGCGGCGAGGCAGCGUUACUGGGCGCCGGAGCUUCGCUGAUCGGUAUCGGUUCCGAUAUCGCUGGAUCGAUCAGAGUUCCUGCUCUUUUCAAUGGAGUUUUCGGACACAAACCCAGUUCUGAAAUCAUACCGAUCACCGGACACUAUCCGAUGUCCGACGACGAGUUAUUCCAGAAAUACCUCGUGCUUGGUCCCUUGACGCGUUACGUCGAAGAUCUUGUAGCGGCGGUGAGAGUAAUGAGCGGUGAAAAGUCGAAAAUACUGCGCCUCGACGAGACCGUAGACUUGAAGAAAUUGAGAGUUUUCUACAGGGAAGAUGCUGGAAAAUCUUUCGGCGUUGCACCCGUUGACAUCAGUACGAGGACGGUUAUAAAAAGGGCUGUGACUCAUCUGAAAACUUGCACUGCGGAAGUCCGAGAUGCGCCAGUGGGAUCGCUCACAGAAACAUUGGAAAUAACGGUCGCCUCGUUCUUUGGCAUGAAAAAGUUGCCAGCGUUGCUCGUCAAUCCGGCUGAUCCGAAGAACGAGUUCAACCCCAUAAUGGAAAUGGUCAAAGCCUUCCUGGGCAUGUCGCAAUUCACUAAAUCCGCAAUUUACAUGCAAAUACUGAGAGAAUCGAGAGGCUUCAUGUCCGAAUCAUCGCUGCACCGUUACCGACAGAAGGGUCAGGAACUUCGUACCAAAUUUGUGGAAAUGCUUGGCGACGAUGCUGUUUUCCUGUAUCCAACGUUCGUUAGCGCUGCUCCGCCAGUUGGGGAAGUGAACCUUCAAACUACCGGAAGCAUAUAUUGCUUGCUCGUCAACAUAUUCGGCUUUCCUGCGACUCAAAUUCCCAUGGGACUUGACAGGAACGGUUUGCCUCUAGGAUUUCAGGUGAUAGCAGGACCGAAUCAAGACAGACUGUGUCUCGCCGUGGCGAAAGAAUUGGAGAAGCGUUUUGGUGGUUGGAUAGCACCGACGGUGAUAUCGCUUCUCGAUGAUAAAGAAACCAAAGAGGAAUAAAUCGGAGUGAUAAUUGGAUUAUCGUGACGCGGCGAGUUCGUGUUUACGUUCGCGAUAGACGAUCGAUUAUCGUGCAUCAGCCUUGAGACACGAGUGUGUGGACGAUGAAUAAAUCGAGAGAGUGCAAGGCAGUUCGUAAAAGAAAGAAAAAAAAAAAACAAAAAUCGUUCGAUCGAAGAGCGCCGGAUGAUUAUCGUGACGCAAGUAAUUGCAUUUUUUGCGUGUUUGUUGUUCGCGGUCAGUGCAAAUUCCUAGUCGUCACGUGUCGGUUGAGUCCUUGCUCGAUACGCGAUGGAGAACGACCCGGAUAGUAGAAACACGAUGAACGUUUAUACAGGAUUUUUAGUGAUCUAAAAACAAGAGAGAAAAACAUUGCUUCGUUACUCAACGGGGCGAGUACGGGGUGGGAGGCACCCUGAAAAAAUUACCAACGAAAUGGUAACUCGAAAAGAGCAUCAAGAGAGUCUGCAAGUAGGAGAAAAAAGUCGUUGGCGUUGCAGAUUUAUUGUAUAAUCAAAAAAUUUAUUACCACAACUGCAAAAGUGCUUGAAUUCCUUGAAGUACUUAAGUUUGGCUCAGAAGAUAGAGUUUUGUUAUUAUUAAUAUAAAUAAAGCUCGUCGAUACGUCGCAGUUUGUAUUUCCUAAUAAAAUCCUAUUUUUCGUAAUUUUCAAA